CAAUUUUUGUCCUCCUUUUUUGAUUUUUUUCCAAAUUUCUUUCUUUCUUUUUUACAAUGAAACAAUAUGAACAGACAUUUCCAAGUACCCUACCAAGAACAAGUAGCUGCAAUAGCUCCAACAAGCUUAUCAUUCCAUCAAAUUACCUAAAUUCAACCAAUUCUUCAAUCAUUCAUCACUCUUUUGAGGAUAAUUUCUCAUAUAGUAAUUCUUUUAUUCAUCGAAAAAAUCGGGGCGGAGUCAAAGUCAACUUUAAUUUUCUCAAGUCUCUUCUAAAAAUUAUUUCCUUCCAUACUAUGCUUCCAAGCAUGUGGCUUAAUUUCCCAACACAUUUUACACCUAAUUCAUGUCGGAAAGUGACCGGAACUUUGUUCGGUCACCGGAGAGGCCACGUCAGCUUCGCCAUUCAAGAUAAUUCCACGUCAUCGGAACCGAGUCUUUUGAUUGAAUUCGCCAUCUCAACAUCUACUUUAGUCAAAGACAUGUCAUCGGGCCUUGUCCGAAUCGCGUUGGAAUGCGAGAAAAUGUCACGUGGCAGCAGGCAAUUGAGGCUCCUCCGAGAACCUAAGUGGAACAUGUAUUGUAACGGAAGGAAGUGUGGGCACGCGCUUUCUCGCGCGUGCACGGACUCUGAUCGACACGUGUUGCGUAUCGUGCGGAACGUGUCGAUCGGGGCCGGGGUGAUUCCAGUUGUGGGAGAUGGACGGAAGGACGGCGAGACGGAUGGUGAGUUGAUGUAUAUGAGGGCUAAUUUUGAACGAGUCGUAGGGAAUCGUGAUUCAGAAGCUUUUUAUAUGAUGAAUCUUGAUGGAAAUGGAGGACCCGAGCUUAGUAUAUUUCUUAUUAGGACUUGAAAAAAAGAGUGAGAAUAGAAAGGAAUUAAAAGGAGAAAAAUAAAAAAAAAACA